UUAGCUAUCAUAAUCUUAAAAAUGGACCUCUUCCUGUAUGUUUUCUGCAUGUUCUUAUCAUAAUAUCAAACUGAAUUCCCCACUCUAUCUCCCUCCUCCCCUUUCCUUUUCUUUAGAAUUUCGAAUUUCGUUGUUAUAUCUCAUCAAUCCAAAGUAUAUUGCAUGGAAUCCGAGCCAUUUUGUACUGUGAUUUUGAUAAUCAAAACGAUUUAAUUGUACAAAUCUGAUUUGGGAUAGUUUUUGUAUUAUUUUCUUAAACAAUCAUUGAGAAUCUUGUUGAUAUUUUCAAAAUUGUCGUCGCGGUAUAUUAAUGCCCAUUUGCCAGCUAGGGUAGAAUAUAUAGUCCAUAGCAGGUUAGGUUAAAAUAUUCAAGAUAAUAUCUGCAGAACUAUAUUUAGAGGAAGGAAAAAAAAAUGAAAGUAUUACUGUAGAUAAGUACGAGAUUAAGAAAAAGCAACCCAUCCAAACAUAUAUUCCUAUAUAACGCAACAUGGAUGCUCCCCUUAUCUGAAGAUCUCUUUCUUCAGAUCAGACUGUGCAGACAUGGCUACUCCUGUCAGAAGCAACAGCAGGCUCUCUCUUGCCAUGGAGAGAACUGACCAAUGGGUCUUUUCUCAAGAUAUUCCUACAGAUGUUGUGGUUGUAGUGUGUGAAGCCACCUUUUCUCUUCAUAAGUUCAUGCUAGUGGCAAAGAGCAACAACAUAAGAAAACUAAUACUGGAAUCAAAAGAACCGGCCCUAACAAAGAUAGAUCUGUCUGAGAUACCUGGAGGGCCUGAGAUCUUCGAAAAAGCAGCUAAAUUCUGCUAUGGUGUUAACUUUGAGAUCACAGUUCACAACGUUGCAGCCCUUCGUUGUGCUGCUGAGUAUCUUCAAAUGACUGAUGUGUAUUGUGAUUACAAUCUUGCUGGUCGGACUGAAGAUUUCCUUGCUCAAGUAGCCCUGUCUAGCCUUUCCGGCGCCAUCGUUGUCUUAAAAUCCUGUGAAGAUCUCCUUCCCUUGGCUGAAGACCUCAAGAUUGUCCAAAGAUGUGUUGAUGUCAUUAGCCUUAAGGCUUGUAAUGAGGCAAACUUUCCAAGCAGAACACCACCAAAUUGGUGGACCGAGGAGUUGUCGAUUUUAGACAUUGAAUUCAUAGGCAGAAUCCUGUCUGGAAUGAAGAAACGCGGCUCGAAAGCACUAACUUUAGCAAGUGCUUUAAUAACUUACACAGAAAGAAAUCUUCGAGAUCUUGUUCGAGAUCAGUCUGGCAAGUGCACCAAGUCCUCCGAUUCUGAUGAUCCCAAUCUGUUUGCCCGUGAACGCGAGCUUCUGCAAUCAAUAGUCUCUCUCUUGCCCUCAGAGAAAGCUUCCUUCCCUAUCAAUUUCCUCUGCUGCCUUCUCCGUACUGCUAUCUUCGUCAACGCCUCAAAUUCUUGCAAGAAUGAGCUCGAGAAGCGAAUCUCGGUGAUAUUAGAGCAUGUCACAGUUGAUGAUCUACUAGUCAUGUCUUUCACUUAUGAUGGUGAGAGGCUUUUCGAUCUGGAUAGCGUGAGGAAGAUCAUAUCAGGAUUCGUGGAGAAGGAGAAGAACAUGGCUGUCUUUGGUGGUGCUGAUUUUAAGGGAUCAAAUUCUGCAGCUAUGCAUAGAGUUGCCAAAACUGUAGACUCAUAUCUUGGUGAGAUUGCAUCCUAUCCGGAUCUCACCAUUUCUAAAUUCAAUGGGAUUGCUAUUCUUGUGCCAAAAGGAGCCAGAAAGGUCGAUGAUGAUCUAUAUCGUGCCAUCGACAUCUUUCUAAAGGCUCAUCCGAAUCUUGAUGAGAUAGAACGGGAGAAGGUUUGCAGUGUUAUGGACCCAUUGAAACUGUCCUAUGAAGCUCGACUCCAUGCUUCUCAAAACAAAAGAUUACCAGUACAGAUUGUUUUGCAUGCACUUUACUAUGAUCAGCUUAAACUAAGGAGUGGUGUGAAUGACCAGCCUGAUGCUGUUGCAACAAGGAGUCAAUUGCAGUCUGAUGUUUCACUUGUCAGAGAGAAUGAGGCCUUGCGGUCAGAGCUUAUGAAGAUGAAGCUUUACAUCUCAGACAUGCAGAAGAAUCAAGGGAGUUCAACUAAGGGUAUUGCAGCUACAGCUGCUCCGACGACUACUGGAUCUCGAAAACACUCCUUCUUCUCAUCCAUGUCGAAAACAUUAGGGAAGUUGAAUCCUUUCAAGCAUGGAUCUAAAGAUACUUUUCAUAUUAAUGAUAACAUCGGUGUGGAUAUUACCAAGCCUAGGAGGAGAAGGUUCUCCAUAUCUUAGGAGUUAAAACUUGCUAGUUAAUUACCUUCCAUUGAAUUAAUGUGUGUGAUAAUUUGUGUCGAUUGAGGUGGAUGAUCCACUUGAAUUAUGUUGUGAUGUUUUGUUUCCCUUUGAUUUCUUACUUUAUUUGGAUUCUAAAUUCUAAUAGUGAGUGAAUGUAAUCUAUAUGUGAUGUGAAAUAUUUUAGAAGGGAAAAAUUGUUCGAGAAGUUUUUUAAAAUAAUUGCAGUUAAUUGAGGUUUUCAUUUUGGUUU